UUUACUUCCGAGUCGACGUCCGCCUCUAGCAACUUACCGCAAUGCCCAUCGGAAUCCACCGUUAUAUGUCAUCAUGAUACGCUCACGUCUUAUACAACGUACUAGGGCCAUGUCUACCGCAGCACCAUUGAAAGCUGCCCCCAAACUUCCGCGCCUGCCUGUCCCGGAGCUCAGCGAAACGCUUGGUCGAUAUCUCGACUCCCUCAAGCCAUUCCUCCAUGAGCAAGAAGCAAGAGGAGGCCAGCCAUUCGAGAAGAGCUUUGCUCAGCGCAUGCAAUGGGCUAAGGAGUUCGAGAAUGGGAUUGGUCAGAAAUGUCAAGAGCGUCUACACGCUCUCGACCGGGCGUCUCCUCACAACUGGCUUGACGACAACAUUUGGCUCAAGUAUGCCUACUUGCAAGGCAGAGACCCACUCGUUGUUAACUCAAAUUGGUGGCUAGCAUUCCUCGACGACUCCAACAUCCCCAAAGCCCUUCCGACGCAAGGAGUAUCACCCUGGCAAGUAAGGCGGGCAGCAUGGCUCGUCCAUCGUUGCCUUGAAUAUCGGGAAAAACUCCUCUCAGGCGGCCUAGAACCUGAUGCCUCUCGGACGGGAAUAUGGUUGCGCGAGAACGUCGACCGAAUGUUCAACAACUGUCGAAUACCCCUGUCCAGAUGUGAUGCUCUUAUAGAGAAAGCACAGUCUCCUGCAUCUCACCAAAUACUGGUCAUGUUGCAUGACUUCAUGUACGCGGUCACCGUUACGACACCUGAAGACCCCCUUGUUCCUCUCCCGUUCGAAGCCAUUGAGCAAAGACUAGGCGAAAUUGUUGUAGACGUCCAGCGUCGGGUAUCCUCGGGAGAAAGGGCCGUUCCUGUUGGCGUCCUCACCGCUGAUCAGAGAGACCGCUGGGCGGAGAAUUGUCAAUACCUUAGGAAUAUAUCCCCCGUCAACCGGACAAGUCUUAAUAUCAUAGAGCAAUCACUCUUCCUACUUUCCCUCGACCAUUACACACAUAGCUCAUCCUCUUCAUCCACCAAGUCUGCAUCUUCAUCCCCCUCUUCCGAAAUAGACGAUCACCUUCACCACAUCCGCAGCUCUCAUGACGCUCGCAAUCGAUGGUUCGACAAAACCAUCACACUCAUUGUCGAUUCUUCCGCUCGUGCGGGUGCCAUGGGCGAGCACUCGCCCUGCGAUGCUCUGAUACCCAGCAUCGUUGCCGAAUACGCUUGUGUCGAAAAUGUUCCAGAAUCACCCCCACCUCCCUUACCAUCUUCGUCUGCCAGCUCUCAUCGGUCCCAAGCCCCCGUUGAGCAAUAUGGCUGGGCACCAUUACCAUUCGUCACCGAUUUGCGCAUAGAACACGCGUGCACCGUCGCUCAAGACACCGCUCGCGCUCUUAUUGCUGAUUCGGAUGACAGCGUACUAUGGUUCGAAGACUACGGCUCAGAUUGGAUGAAGUUCGCUCGCCAGUCUCCUGAUGCAUAUGUUCAACUUGCACUGCAGCUUGCCUGGUAUCGCUCUCGCGGCAGCUUCACGGCGACAUACGAAACGGUUUUGACCCGGAUGUUUGACCACGGUCGAACCGAAACAAUUAGAAGCUACACGGCCGAAGGGCGGGAAUGGGUCCUGUCAAUGAGGGACAAGCAUCGAACGGAGCGGCAAUCAUCACUGCUGUCUCGUGCUGUCCAGGCACACGUCAAGCUGACUCGCAUGGGUGCAACCGGCCGUGGUAUUGACAGGCACCUCCUUGGUCUGCGGCUCAUGCUGCGUGCUGACAAGGGUGAGCGUGCCGAUCUGUUUGAAGAUGAAUUCUUCAGCAAGAGUCAAGAAUGGAAGUUGAGUACGAGUGGCUUGAGUGCUGGUCAUUACUUCAAAGGAACUGGGUUUGGUGCCGCAUAUCAGGAUGGCUAUGGCAUCAACUAUCUGAUUGCCCCAUCAAUGAUCAAGUUUUGUAUUGAGUCAAAGUUUUCGAGUGCUGACACCUCCACCACUGAAUUCAAGAGUGAGAUCACUCAGGCUUUGGCUGACAUGAAGUCCCUCUGUAACAUGUCAAUAGGGACACCUACCGCUCAUUCUAGAGACAAUAAUGUAUCUGCUAGAUUAUAACCAUUGUCAAAAGACUUGCAUCACC